AACCGCCCGUGACGUCACCGCAAGCGACUGAGGAAAACAGUGGAGUAAGCAAUAGAAGGUGUUUCCUAAUCUGCCGUGUGCGGUGGCAGAAGAGUAGAGAUCGAAAACCAAAGGGGAUCUGGUGCAGGCAGAAACUUACAACAACCAUUAGCAGGAUCGGAGGCUGGAGUGUUUGGUUCUCCAGAUUUAUGUUUCCCGCAAAGAGGCCGCGUCUUGGUAUGGCUGAAGAUGGCCGCCCGACAUUGCAGGUGAACCCUCUCAGUCUCGCAUAGUUGCUGCACUCCGACAAAGAGGAGUUACAGGCCAUGCGCGGUGAGGUAGAACCAGUGGGUUCUCGUCGCACGUCGAUGUCACGUGGUGAGAACGGGUCUAUAGCGUACCGCCCAACGUACCGCGCGGUGCUGGCCAAGCACAACUACCUGGUGCGCAAGACCCUUGGAAACGGCAGCUACUCCAAGGUUAAGCUGGCAAUCUCACUGGCACGCAACAAGGAGCCAGUCGCCAUCAAGAUCGUAGACAGGAAUCGCGCUCCCUCUGACUUUCAGACGAAAUUCCUGCCGCGGGAACUGGAGCUGUGGCCGCACCUGAGGCACCCAAACAUCGUGCGCGUGCUGGAGACGUUUGAUGACGGCCGGCGGGUGUAUAUGAUCCUCGAGUUCCAGGAGAACGGUGACGCCCUCCGCUACAUCCAGAAGGUCGGGGCACUCAACGAACCGCUGGCACAGGGAUGGACCUGGCAGGUAUGUGACGCGGCCAGAUACCUGCACGAUCAGAACAUCACUCAUCGUGACCUCAAGCUGGAGAACCUCCUGCUGGACCGCAACUUCCACAUCAAAAUAUGCGACUUCGGCUUCGUCAAGGGCGACUGUACUCUUGACCUGAGCAGAACGUACUGCGGUUCCAAGUCGUACGCGGCGCCCGAGAUCCUGCUGGGCGAGCCGUACGACCCCAAAAAGGCCGACACAUGGGCCAUCGGUGUGGUGCUGUACAUAUUUAUCACCGGCAAGAUGCCCUUUGACGAAAGUCGCGGCAAUGCUGGAGUCUUGGAGGAGCAGAGACGCCUGGAGUUUCCAUGGAGAAAGUACAGAAAGGUCACCCCCGAGGAGCGAGAUCUGGUCAUGCGACUGUUCACCUUUGACUUCCGCUUGAGGCCAGACAUCUACGCAGUGCUGUCCACACCAUGGAUGAAGCAGGCUGCUCGCAACGACCUGAGCAUCCUUCGCGAACUCGCCCUGGACGGCUACCGCUACCGGAAGGAGCGAGAGAAGGAAAAGGAGAAGGAGCGAGAGAGAGAACGCGAAAGGGAAAGAGAAAGCGAAAGGGAGAAAGAGAGAACAAUCUACAACGGAGGAGGUGGAGGGGGUCGACAACACUCCAUGUAGGACACAAGGGAGGAGAGAGGGUGGCGGAGGGUAGCAAGCGAAAAGGGUGGGAAUGGGAGACUUUAUCUCGGGCUUCAGGAACUCUAGGGAAAUCGGCUCAGUCCGAAAUGUUUGCAUGAAAAGUAUGCCGGCCGGAACACACACGGUGGAGGAAGAAAAAAGAGAAAGAAAGAAAAAAAAGUAAUAAGAACGGUCAAAAUAAAGAAAAAAGAGAAAAAGUGACCAAUGAAUAGGAAAGAAAGAAGAAACAUCAGAAAAGAGAAGAAUCGAGCAAAUAAUAUCUGAGAAGAUUUCUCGGUGGUGGGUUGGAAGUGUUAGCACGGACAACCAAGAGAAAGGAACGCAGCAGGUGAGACUGGUCAGUACAGGUAGGAGCGUUCCUACUCACACAAGCCAGUAGAGGAGCGACAACGUGCUACGUCAUCAUUUUCAGGUAAACAUCGGCGUGACGAUAGAACUGGUCAACGCUAGGAAGCACAGAAGUGAAAAAAGUAACAGUUCGGGACUUGAGGGAGAAGUCACAUGAGAGGUCUGGAAAACAGGGAGGACUCCAAGGGGUGGGUGCUGGGUAAAUAUGCAUGAUUUUAUUUCAGUAUUUUCUUUUCGCGGUACUUUUACGCCCCUUUGUGAGUUUGGAGUCAAAGGUCAGUCUUAUGUGCAAACGAUAGGCUCGGCUUGACGUAACAGUCUGUGUGCAUUUACCAG